AGCUUGGCUCUUCAUGGCUUUUUCGCGCGCAUGUGUGCGUUUCCUGCUGUGCGCUACGUCCCUAUAGCCGGCAUCAAGUCACGUGUCAGGACUCCCGGGUCCUGGGCCAAGUUUGUCGGUUUCAGAUCAACCACGGAGCAUCAGCACACAGAGAGCCACACGGCCCGACCCUCGCGCGCGCAUCUCCGCUCCACGCUGCGUAACCAACACCUCAGCGAGGAUGGACGGAUGGAUGCAAUGGAUGUGGAUAGAUGAUAACCGAACGCGCCAAUGAAGACUACUUCAGGUGUUUCUUUGACUACUUCCCGUGGUUUAUGCUCUCGGAUUACCUUUUGAUCUGUUAAAAAAAAAAAGAAGAAAGAAGAUUUGAAGAGAGGAAAGGAAGGGAGGAAAGCUCCGGGCUGCUGGGAAAAGCUGGGUGCGCUGGAAACACGGAAAGUCACGGAUCAUGCUUAUGGGAACUUCCGAUUCCGUCUCGAUAAGAGUGGCUUUGCCUGAUGCUUUAUCAUGACUGAUGGCGAGGGGAGAGCGCGCUUUCAGUACGCAGAGUGCCCGGAGGCACAGGUGCAGGAGAAGGUGCGGGAGGAGGUGAGGCUUGCUAUACCGACGCCAUACAGGAAUGACGCCCCUGGUCAGGAUGUUGACCCUGGAGGAGGCCAUGAUGAGGAGGAAGAGGAGGAGGUGGAGAAGAGGAAGGGGGGGAGGAGGAGGAGGAGGAGAAGCGGUACUGGCCGGGGCGAUGGAGCAGAAUGGAGUCCCGAGGUUCAGGAGCAUGAAGACCAGGAACCGGAAGUGGAAGUUGGACCAACAUUGGGAGUUCGCAUCAGGGCUCCUAUUCGGGAUCCAGACUGUGUUUCCGAGGAGGAGCAGCAGCAGCAGCAGCAGCUGUACCCUGUCCUGGCCCCCCUGGCCUUCUUCUGCUUAAAGCAAACAACAAAGCCUCGCAACUGGUGUCUUCGCGUCGUCUGUAACCCGUGGUUCGAGCACGUAUCCAUGCUGGUGAUCCUGCUCAACUGCGUGACUCUGGGGAUGUUCCAGCCCUGUGAAGACGUCACAUGUCAGUCGGAGUGGUGCCGCAUCCUACAGGUACUGGACGACUGUAUCUUUGCUUUCUUUGCUGUGGAAAUGGUCAUCAAGAUGGUGGCCCUGGGAAUCUUUGGCUCCAACUGUUACCUAGGUGACAAGUGGAACCAGCUUGAUUUUGUCAUCGUCAUGGCAGGGGUGCUGGAGUAUUCUCUGGAUGGCCAUAACGCCAGUCUGUCAGCCAUUCGUACCGUCCGAGUGCUCAGGCCACUGCGGGCUAUCAACAGAGUACCAAGUAUGAGGAUCUUAGUGACGCUGCUGUUGGACACCCUGCCCAUGCUGGGAAACGUCCUUCUCCUCUGCUUCUUUGUCUUUUUCAUCUUUGGUAUUGUGGGAGUCCAACUGUGGGCGGGGCUACUGCGCAACCGCUGCUUCCUGGGAGAGAACCAUAGGAUCAUAACAAUGUACAACUUGUCCAUAAGUGAGUACUACAUGUCCGAGGAAGGUGAAGACAGCCCGUUCAUCUGCUCGGCUCCCCGUGAGAACGGGAUGCUGCGCUGCAGCAGCGUGCCACCCUACAUGGAGCGUGGGGCCGAGUGCACCUUGCCCGCUCCCCACCUAUAUUCAGCUCUGAUUGGAACGGGUGGGGCCAGUGUUAAUGGCUGUGUUAAUUGGAACCAGUAUUAUAAUGUGUGUCGCCGCGGGAACUUCAACCCUCACAAAGGAGCAGUCAACUUUGACAAUAUCGGCUACGCCUGGAUAGCCAUAUUCCAGGUCAUCACUUUGGAAGGAUGGGUUGAUAUCAUGUACUAUGUCAUGGAUGCUCACUCCUUCUACAAUUUUGUAUAUUUUAUAUUGCUCAUUAUCGUGGGCUCUUUCUUCAUGAUCAACUUGUGCCUCGUGGUCAUCGCCACCCAGUUCUCCGAGACAAAGCAAAGGGAGAACGCUCUGAUGAGGGAGCAGCGUGCUCGCUACAUGUCCAACGACUCCACCCUCGCCAGCUACAGCGAACCAGGCUCAUGCUACGAGGAGAUGCUACGCUACAUUAGCCACCUAUAUCGCAAGUUCACGCGCAGACUGCAGAGGAUAUACUCUGGAUGGCACAGUAAAAGGCGUAAAAAGGUGAAUCCUAAUGGCGGAGGCAGUAACGGCGGGGGUAACGGCCACGGCCACGGCUCCAGCAGAGGCUGCGGAGGCUUAGGCCCGGGUAGCGCAUUGUGGUUGAGACCGAUCCAUAACCUUCUGCAGCACCAUCAACACCAGCACUGUCGACUCAGCAACGGGGGCCAGCACUCCAUUAGCGUAACACCUGCCAAACACACUGACAGUGAAGGAGGGGAGGAGCUGGAAAUGAAGUCCAUUCCUGUCCAGACAGAAAGUACAAAUGGAAAUGGCGGCAGCGGCGGCCCGUCCACUGUUACCCAGGGCAUGGGGGCAUUGCUCGGGCGUCUGAAUGGCGGGAUGAACUAUCCAACGAUUCUGCCGUCGUUUGUGUGCAGCUACAGCAGUAAGACGCCGCCCCCCCACUCCCAGCAGCGUGGGCACAGUCCAGAGCAGCACCCACCAAACCACCCAGCAUCUGAACACACAGAGACUCUAAACAAGCUCUACCAGCUCAUGGGGCAGCACAGUCGCCAGAGGCUGCUGUACCAGCUGGCAGGCGUGGUUCCCAGCCCUCUGCUCCUGGAGCUGCUAAGCUGCCCAAUGUGUGCCCGCAGCCUGGAGACCCUAGAGCUGGAACUGGGAGACCUGGAGGGAGGCAGGGGAGAGGCUGACGGUCUACACAACUUCCCCCAGGGGGGAGAUCUGAGAGGCGGGCGAGUUCGGAUCAGACGGCGAGGGGUCGUGGAGUACAAAAAUGGAUUGGUUCGGGCCUGGGUAGGCUUCAGGGAAAAACUGAAGAGGAUUGUGGAAAGUAAAUACUUCAACCGAGGGAUCAUGAUCGCUAUCCUCGUCAAUACUCUCAGCAUGGGGAUAGAGUACCACGAGCAGCCGGAGGAAUUGACUGAUGUGUUAGAGAUCAGUAACAUCGUUUUCACCAGCAUGUUCGUCCUGGAGAUGGGCUUCAUGCUACUGGCUUUUGGCUUGUUAGGAUACAUCAGGAACCCAUACAACAUAUUCGACAGCAUCAUUGUGAUCAUCAGUGUGUGGGAGAUAAUUGGUCAAGCAGAUGGUGGGUUGUCAGUCCUGCGAACAUUUCGUCUGCUGCGGGUUCUGAAGUUGGUUCGCUUCCUUCCCGCCCUGAGGAGACAACUGGUAGUGCUAAUGAAGACCAUGGACAACGUCGCCACAUUCUGCAUGCUGCUGAUGCUUUUCAUUUUCACUUUUAGUAUACUGGGUAUGCACCUAUUUGGCUGUAAAUUCAGUCUUGAGACUGAGAACGGAGACACCAUCCCCGACCGAAAGAACUUUGACUCUCUGCUCUGGGCUAUUGUCACUGUGUUCCAGAUUCUAACCCAGGAGGACUGGAAUGUGGUGUUAUAUAACGGCAUGGCCUCCACCUCACCAUGGGCGGCUCUCUACUUUGUUGCUCUGAUGACAUUCGGCAACUACGUGCUCUUCAAUUUACUUGUGGCUAUCUUGGUUGAGGGCUUCCAGGCUGAGGGUGAUGCUAAUCGGUCGGAGUCAGAUGAUGACAAGAAAUCUGACAAUUUUGAGGAGGACGAGAAGGUAGAACAGCUCAGAGACACUGAGCUAAAAAUGUACUCUCUGAUGAUGACAGCCAACGGUCAUGUUGAUCCUCGCGGCUCGAUGGCUCCUCCGAUAAUCAUGCACACGGCAGCCACACCCAUGCCCACUCCCAAAGGGUCUCUGGGACCUGAGUCGGUCCUUGGGGGGGAGCUCAUGUUCAGUCAGGGGGUUCCUCAGUAUGGUGAGGUUGGACUGGGGUUUUCUGAGCCCGGAAGUGGUCAUGCAGAGUCUCGCCGUGGAAGCUCCACCUCCAUGGACCCUUUAUCCUAUGAUCAGCAUUCUCUGAAUCUCUCAAGUCCCGGCCGGCGCUCCCCUCUUCCUCCUCGUUCAUGGGGGAGCCGUCGCUCCAGCUGGAACAGUCUGGGAAGAGCGCCGAGCCUCAAAAGGCGAGAUACCAGCGGAGAGAGGGAGAGCCUGUUGUCUGGGGAGGGAGGAGAGGAGGAAGAUGGUGGGCAGGACAAGGCGGAGGCCGGGGGAAACAACAGACUACGACCAGAAUCCUUGGAGCUGCUGCCGGCGUCCACUCUUUGUCCUUCCAUAAUAGCGGAGUACAGUGACUGUAAUGGGAGAACCGUGACCUAUGAUCCCAAUGUGAACUCCGAACCCAAGGAUGACUCCUCGCCUGAAGAUGACAUGGAUGAUGAAAGUUCUUUCUGGUACUGGAUCAGAAAAGAGCUCCGUAACAUGAAGCCGCGCUGGUGCAUUGAGCAUGAAGACUGGACGCUGUAUUUGUUCUCUCCAGAGAGCAUAUUACGUGGGUGGUGCCAAAGUGUGAUCUCUCACAAAUUGUUCGACCAUGUAGUUCUGGUUUUCAUCUUCCUCAACUGCAUCACCAUUGCUCUGGAAAGACCUGAGAUACAGCUUCAUAGCAAGGAGCGAGUGUUUCUGAGUGUGUCCAACUACGUUUUCACUGUGAUUUUCCUGGCAGAGAUGGCCAUCAAGGUUGUAGCUCUCGGUUUCUGCUUUGGAAAGCAGGCUUACCUCCAGUCCAGCUGGAAUGUUCUGGAUGGUUUUUUGGUGUUUGUGUCUCUGGUCGACAUUCUGGUCUCUCUGGCCUACACUAGUGGAAACAGGAUCCUGGGAAUCCUCAGAGUCCUACGUCUGCUACGAACACUACGCCCACUGAGGGUGAUCAGCCGAGCCCCGGGAUUGAAGCUGGUUGUGGAGACGCUCAUCACCUCUCUCAGACCCAUCGGGAACAUUGUCCUUAUCUGCUGCGCCUUCUUCAUUGUCUUUGGCAUCUUGGGUGUGCAGCUGUUCAAGGGGAAGUUCUACCACUGUGAAGGUCCGGACACGAAAAACAUCACUAACAAGUCUGACUGUCUUCAGGCCAACUACCGCUGGAUACGAAGGAAGUACAACUUUGACAACCUGGUUCAGGCUCUGAUGUCUUUGUUUGUGCUGUCCUGUAAGGAUGGUUGGGUCAACAUCAUGUAUGACGGGCUGGAUGCAGUGGGAGUGGACCAACAGCCUGUAAGAAACCACAACCCCUGGAUGCUGCUCUACUUCAUCUCUUUUCUGCUCAUCGUAAGCUUCUUCGUCCUCAACAUGUUUGUCGGUGUCGUGGUGGAGAACUUCCACAAGUGCCGGCAGGACCAGGAAGAGGAGGAGGCCCGCUUAAGGGAAGAGAAGAGGCUCAAAAUGAUAGAGAAAAAGCGCAGGAGUAAGGAGAAUGGAGGGGCUGAGGCCAAGCAGAGGCCUUACUAUGCGGACUAUUCUCCCAUUCGUCUGUCCAUCCACACACUGUGUACCAGCCACUACCUGGACCUGUUUAUCACCUUCAUCAUCUGCAUCAACGUCUUCACCAUGAGCAUUGAGCACUACAAUCAGCCGCAGUAUUUGGAGGAGGUUCUGAAGUACUGUAACUACGUGUUUACCUGCAUCUUCAUCGUCGAGGCCCUGCUCAAACUCACGGCAUUUGGCAUACAAAGGUUCUUCAAAGACAGGUGGAAUCAGCUGGAUAUAGCUAUAGUGGCGCUGUCCAUCAUGGGCAUCACCCUGGAGGAGCUGAAGAUGAACGCAGCACUGCCCAUAAAUCCUACCAUCAUCAGAAUCAUGAGAGUACUCAGAAUAGCACGAGUGCUAAAACUUCUGAAGAUGGCCACAGGGAUGCGAUCUCUGCUGGAUACGGUCAUGCAAGCGCUGCCACAGGUGGGAAAUCUCGGUCUCCUCUUCAUGCUGCUCUUCUUCAUCUACGCUGCGCUGGGAGUGGAGCUCUUUGGCAGACUGGUGUGCAAUGACAACAACCCAUGUGAGGGUCUGAGUCGCCAUGCAACGUUCGAGAACUUUGGGAUGGCUUUCCUCACACUGUUUCGAGUGUCCACUGGAGACAACUGGAAUGGGAUUAUGAAAGACACGUUAAGGGAGUGUCAUCCAGAGGACCGCCACUGUCUCUCCUACCUGCCUUUAGUCUCUCCAAUUUACUUUGUCACCUUUGUGCUGAUGGCCCAGUUUGUGCUGGUCAAUGUGGUGGUGGCUGUUUUGAUGAAACAUCUCGAGGAAAGCAACAAGGAGGCUAAAGAGGAUGCAGAGAUGGAUGCAGAGAUUGCCUUGGAAAUGGCCAUGGAGAACCAACGCAAAUUAAGCACAACCUCCGACAACAGUUCGGUGGGAGGAACCUAUGUUGGGCCAUGUCCACAUUCACCUGGACAGGUGGAGGAAGAGGUGCAGUGCGGUGACCAGGAUCUGCUGUCGUCAAGGAAGAUGUCUGUUUCCAGGAUGCACUCUCUGCCUAACGACAGCUACAUGUUCCGACCUGUGCGGCCCGCCAGCGCCCCCAACCCUUUAGAGGAGGUAGAGCUUAGUCCGCAGCACCAGCAUUCAGGCUCAGUGACAUCGGUCCACUCCCAGCCAUGUGAUAGCCGUGCAUUGCUGCAAGUACCAGACGUUUCCCCCAUUCACCCUCGGUCACCUUCCACCCUCACCAUGACCCGCAUCGCCCCACCCACGCCCAGCUCCUCCCCACGGGCCCUGCACAGACAGGUGGCCGUUAAAGUGGAUUCUGUGGAGUCCCAGGGUUGUGCGCAACAGGAGAGGCCCAACCCUGUCCAUCUGCCUCCCGUCUCCCCUUCUACCCUCUCUCCUCUUACUUCCUCUCCAUCUCCCCUGCCUCCUCCUCCUCCUUCCUCCCCCUCAUCCCUCUAUCUCCCAUCCUGCUCCCAUUCAACCUUCCCUCUUCCUCCUCCCUCUCCUCGGCAUCCUCUACUUUCCUCCCCUUCUUCAGUAUUUCCUCCACUAUCUUCUCCCUCACUUCUUCUCCCGCCACCUCGCUCCCCCCGCCUCCCCCUGCGCCCUCCCAGCCUACAGAGACCUAGACCGUCCUCUGCUGUCUCCCUCUGCGACCCGGCAGAUGAGGAAGUGUAUCACAUCACCAGCUCAGCCAGCCACAGGUGGUGGGAUGAGGAGGGAGGAGGGCAGGAGAGCAGGGGGAAGGUUGGCCGCAGCCACUCCCUCUCCCCUUACACCACCCCGUUUUCUCUCAACUCCCCUUCUCCUCCCUCGCUACCACCUUCCUCCUCGAGGAGCAAGCUCAGCCUGCUUGGGGCGGCAUUGAUGGACUGUGACUCUAGGAAGGCUUUAAGCGUUGACAACCAGGCCGUCCUGGACAGGCCGACAUUAUUGUCUGCUGGUUACCCUGACGACCAACGGCGCCACUCUAUUGAGGUCUGCCUCCCACAGGCUGUCCUCACCAGUGACAACCAACAUUUUGCACGUGAGGCCCACAGGUCGGAAAAAGGUGGUCAGGCAUUUACCGUGAGGGUGCAGUCAGUCGGGGGCGGCCACAGAAAGAAGAAGAUUAGUCCUCCUUGUAUAUCCAUCCACCCGCCGUCAGAGAGGGAACUCCCGCAAAUUGCCUCACCCCCAAAACUGGCUGACUGCAGCAUGAUGCUAAGACGCAGGACCCCAUCCUACGACUUGACCCCGCAUUCCCAGUCAAACACACAAGACGUCUCUGCAGAUUCACAGAUGCGCACACAGAUUCACUCCCCUAGGCACACACCGCUCACACCUAUCCACAUACCACUACAAGCACACUCGCCAACACACACAUUGAUACGCUCACGGGCGUCUACUCCGACACACACUCAUGCAUACACUCCACCACAUGCAUCCACACCUACACUCCCACACAUCCCGAUCAGCCCAAACAUCUUCAUCCAGCCACAUGCACCUCUUGUCCCGAUGCCUUUCUCACAAGCGCACUCCCUCUCCCCUGCUGCGAGGCACUCCUCUCUCACAGGGGACUACAUCCCCCUCCCACAGUUCACCUUCGAGGAACCGCAGUCCAGAUACAUGAGUGGCCUGUCGGCCGGUCUAUCAGACACAGAUACAGCCACCUGCUCUUCCCCCUUCGACAACAGACUGGGCAGCGGUGCAGGAUUCAGUGCAAAGAAUCGGAGGACAGCCCAAUGAACACUGGGCAUUGCCUUCAGGAAGUGAAUUAAUUGGUCCUAAAUGUCUGAAAUUGGAGUAGAAGGGCCUCGGCGGACCGCAGGAGAGAUUGCUGCUGGGGAGAAAAUGAGAGACAGAAGUUAACUGGGAGAGGGAUUAUUUUGUUUUGUUUUGUUUUGAUGAAUACUGAAAAGACAUGAAUUAUUCUUUCUAGAGAGAUGCUGGUACAGUCCCGUCGUAGAAUAACAGACAGUGGAUCCAUUUUUCCUAAACCCAGCUUAAAGUACAGCACAUCCACUGAGGCUGUACCAGGCAAACAGUACCCACUGUACAUGGUGUGUUCAGGACUAAUACUAAUAACACGCCAGGACUAAAGCCACCUAACUCCGUAGCCAAAGUUUUUUUUUUUUGACACACUGUCCCCACCCACGCGAGCCAAUCAGGAAGCAGCGUCUGGCUGACAACCUCUGACCUUUACAGGAAGUGGUUUGUGAAAUGCGAGCGUGGGGGGAAUUGUGGGAUAUGCAACUUCAGGUUUUCUACAGAAGUUCUGCUUGCCCCUCCUCUGCUCCUCGAUCACAUUGAUCAGAGCAGAAGUGUGUGUGUGUGUGUGUGUGUGUGGGUGUGUGUGGUGUGUGUGUGUGUGUGAGAGAGAGAGAGUGAGAGAGUGAGUGAGCGUGUCUGGGUUUUCCUGUGUGCAAGUAUUGUCAAAUCUGUUGUCAUGGAAGUUUGCCAUGUUAUUCUUCCGUCUGCAACGACAGAGAGGGGAAGCAGGGCAGAGCUGUAGUGUAUGUUUCUUUGUGUAUCUGUGCAGUGUAAAUAAUGGAAAAUACUGUAUUUGGUGAGAUUAAAAAUAGCUCUAUCCAUAUGCACAUAUUUUUAUAGAGAUCUGAAAUGUUUUUUGCACACAAAUUUAAAUUUCAAAUUGCUUGUUUUUCCUCUGUUGUCCUCUUAUGAAUGUAUGUUUCUUUUCGAACCGGCAAGAGCGGUGAGGGAGAUCAAACCUCCUCUGAACAGGCUAGCUGAGGUUCAGGAGUGGGAUUUUAUUUUUCUAUUUUGAAAAAGAGAACAGGGGUGUGAUGUGUUUCCGUAGCUUUGUCUCAGACUUCUAUGUAUUUGGCGUCUAAAUAACAGUCUUAAGAAGCGGGCUCAGUGAUGCAGGCCAAAUGUAUUUUAAGAUUUUAAUCUAUAAUGACGUCCCUGCACAGAGUACAGUUCAUGAUCUUGUGUAAAUGUGUUGAGACUAGUGGCUAAACUUGUGUGCUGUCCCAAUUUUGAAUGUGGCUAUUAUUCCAAAAAAGAAUUCCUAUACUGAGUUAAAAUAUAAAACUACUGUGUUUUUUUCAUGAUAAAUGAU